AACGAAAAAAUUUAAAAAUUCCUCUAAUUUAAAUAUUCCCCGUGUCCCUGAUUUAAAUAUUCCUCCAAUUUUGUGGGUUGCUGAUUUAGAUGGGCGCAAAGAAGGCCUCGAUCCUGAACCGUCUUGUCAACGUCAAGGUCGCCGCCACUAAUCGCCUUGAACCGCCGCUACACGCCGAAGCUAAAGCGUUGACCACCGCUAUCACCAACCACCUCCACUCUGGCAGCCUUGCAAAGGCCGUCUCAGUCCUCUUUGCCGCCCCAUUCCCUUUCCCUUUCUCCCUCUACUCCGAUCUCUUCAGAAUAUGUGCCUCAAAAAAAGCCAUUGUCGAGGUUCGGAAAGUGGAAUCCCACUUGGUCACCUUCUCCCCAGACCCGCCGGUUUUCCUGCUCAACCGAGCUAUUGAGGCUUAUGGAAAAUGCAACCGCCUAAGGGAUGCCCAGCAGUUGUUCGAUGAAAUGCCCCAGCGAGAUGGAGGGUCCUGGAAUGCAAUGAUUACUGCGUAUUCACAAAAUGGGCAUGCUGAGAGUGCGUUGGAAAUGUUUUUCCACAUGCGUCUGUCUGGGGUUUGUGCGACUAAGAUCACAUUCGCAAGUGCUCUUGCAUCCUGUGCUUCUCUCUUGAAUGUAUGGGUUUUGAGACGAGCCCAUGCUCUGCUCGUGAAGUUUGGCUUCUCUGGGAAUGUAAUUCUUGAAACUUCACUUGUGGAUGCGUAUGGGAAAUGCAAAGAGAUGACUGAUGCUAGAAGGAUGUUUGAUGAAAUUGAGAACCCAAAUAAUAUUUCAUGGAAUGUGAUAAUUAGAAGGUACAUUGACUUUGGUGCGGGAAAGGAUGCUUUGUUUAUGUUUGCAGAGUUGGUGAGGAAAAGUGUGGCUCCUCUGACAUUUACUGUAUCCAAUGCUCUUCUUGCAUGCUUGACCAUUGGUGGGUUCAAUGAAGGGCUUCAAAUUCAUGGGUUUUCUAUCAAGGUUAAUGUUGAGAUGGAUAAGGUGGUUGCUAGUUCUCUUAUUGAUUUGUAUAGGAAAUGUGGGGAUAUGGUAAGUGCUCAGAGGAUUUUUGAUCUGCUGUGUUCAAAAGAUUUGAUUCAUUGGACAACACUAAUGUCAGGGUAUGCGAUGAUUGGGAGAACAAGGGAGGCACGGGAACUCUUCAACAAGAUGCCAGAACACAAUGUGGUCUCAUGGAAUGCAAUGCUUGCAGGCUAUGUGCACAGUGGGGAAUGGGAUGAAGCUUUGCAUCUUAUCUUUCUCAUGUCCAAACAGACCUGUGACAUUGAUGACAUUACUCUUGGAUUGGUCCUCAAUGUUUCUGCUUCCCUUUCUGAUGUUGGAUUGGGGAAACAGGUUCAUGGAUUCAUGUACAGAAAUGGAUUCCACUCCAAUUUGCAUGUUGCGAAUGCGCUUCUUGACAUGUAUGGGAAAUGUGGAAACUUGAGGAGGGCUAUAACAUGGUUUCAUGAAAUGGGUCAACGGAGGGAUACCGUAUCUUGGAAUACUUUAUUAACUUGUUAUAAUUCCCACGGGAUGGGUGAAACAACACUGACUAGUUUCUCAAACAUGCUCGGUGGGACGAUACUCAGUAAAUAUACUUUUGGAACACUCUUGGAUUCUUGUGCAAAUACUUAUGCUCUUAAAUCAGGCAAAGAAAUCCAUGGAUUUAUCAUUAGAAAUGGUUAUGAGAUGGAUACUGUGAUCAGUGGAGCUUUGGUUAACUUGUACUCCAAAUGUCGAUGCCUUGAUUAUGCUCUAGAUGUUUUUCUUGAAACACCACAAAAAGAUUUGGUUCUGUGGAACUCUUUGCUGCUGGGAUGUUAUCAUAAUAAGAGGAGUGAUUGUGUGUUUGAAAUGUUUGAAUUAAUGAAGGACAAGGGAAUUAAACCAGACUCUAUAUCAUUCCAAGCUAUAUUUCUUGUGUGCAUUCGUGAGGGUUGUGUACAUGUAGGUAGGCAGUACUUCGAUUUAAUGAAUGAUCAAUAUAGCAUUACCCCUACGUUGGAGCAUUAUGAAUCCAUGAUUGAGCUGUUUGGUCGGCAUAAAGCCUUCAAUGAACUUGAUGGUUUCAUCAAGGAGUUGCCUUUUUCUCCCACUCCAAAGAUGUUAGAGAGAGUUCUCCAUUUUUGCAAAGAGCAUAAUAAUGUCAAGUUGGAAAAAUGGGCUACUAACCAACUACAGCAACAGAAUUCAUAGAACUAUUUGUUCUGAAAUUGUGUAAGAUGCUUAACUGCACUGCCCUCUAAGAGCCUAGUAGUAAAAAUUGCUCAAUAUUCAGUAUGAGAUUAAGGAAGUCUCUGUGCUGGGAUUGAUGCAUUGCUUGAAAAUAGUUUGGCAUCACAGAUUUGCAUCUGGAGAUCAUUUGCAAUUCAAGAAAGCUGCAAGGCAUAAGGAUUUGUUCUACAUUCUGUUCAAUGCCCCUUUUCCUGUGACCAACCAUUCGGCGGAUUUUUCACAGUAUCGCUAAAUGCAUAUAUGCAUGUUUGUAUUUUAUGUGGUUGAAGAUCCUUUGCCGAAAGUUCCAUUAGAUACUGCGCUAAUAUCUCAGUGGUUAGCUACAGGAGUGCAGCCUGCUUUUCCUGAAAACCCUCCUCAAGAAGCACUCCAGGACAAUAGAUGAAUGGAAUAUGAAGAAGAUGAAGGUUCAGUUGACCUCAAGUUACCUGUAAAGCAUGUUUUUAUCCCAUGAACUUCAGCUUGGCGAGUGCAUGGUGCUAUGGCGGUAUUGUUAAAGCUGGUGUUGGUU